AUGGGCGUCGAACUCAAAGGAAGUGGCCCAGGGGAGCGGCCUAUGAAUCCCACGAUUGGGGUACCACUAUUCGUCGCUGGUGGCCUAAUCGCCAUAUUAUUUGCCUGGCAAACUGCCAUUCGCAUUAGAAACAGCCAAAGAUCAAGACAGGCCAUAAAUGGAACCGACCAUGUACAACUGUCAAGGACAAGUCGAUUGAAUGCAGCUUUGAAGAAGCACGUCCUAUAUGCGCCGAUAUGGGGUGAUCGCCAUAGCCGCGAGUACCGCUUCUUCAGGCUCCACAUGGGCUCUCUUCCGUUGAGGAUGGAACUAAUCUGCCUUUUGAUAUAUCUUAGCUUGAACUUGAUCUUCAUCAUUGUGACGGUUGACUGGUGGAUCAGCGACUACUCGAUGAAGAUGUUUCAGCUCAAAUACUCUGCGGGUCACCUGGCUGUCAUGAAUACACCAGGUCUGGUUUUGGCUGCUGGGCGGAAUAACCCGCUGAUCCAGCUGCUGGGAAUUUCAUUCGAUUCCUUCAAUUUCAUGCAUCGAUGGGUAGGACGGGUGAUCGCAGCCAAUGCGGUCGUCCAUAUGAGUGCCGUGCUGGCCAACCAAGCUUUCAUGCAUGGUACGGAUUACGUUCUAUAUGGUCUCUGGCAGCAGAGGCUUUAUAUUUGCGGUCUUAUCACAUUCGCACAGGCUAUUCUCGGAUUCCUUUUCAUUGUCGUUCAAUCAUUGUCGCCGGCUCGACAUGCAUUCUACGAGCUAUUCCUUCAUCUGCACAUAGCCUUGGCAUUGAUGUCCUUCGUAGCUCUCUGGUAUCAUCUCAAAAAUCUCCUGCAGCAGAAAGUUCUCUUGGGCACCUUAAUCCUAUGGGGUCUCGAUCGCGCGGGUCGACUCGGGAUACUCCUAUGGAGAAACCUUGGAAAGAGACCCACUACCGCGGUCGUUGAAGCAUUGCCUGGGUCAGUGGCCCGGGUCGAUGUGGCAGUGUCUCGCGCCUGGCGCUUCCAUCCUGGUCAACAUAUGUAUCUCUACGUGCCUUGCCUGGGGUUGUGGACAUCGCACCCAUUUACAGUCGCAUGGACGUCGACCUCGGACUCCUCCAAACUGAGCGAAAAGCGUGGCUCGAGUGACUCAUUAAAGGCUCUGAUUGGAGGCUCGGAAACAACAACCAUGUCUGUCUUGAUUAAAGGUCAGGAUGGAUUCACCAAGAAGCUGAUCCAGAAGGCCGAGGAUUCUGCAGAGGGACAAAUCAAAGCUAUGGCGUUGGCAGAGGGGCCAUUUGGUGGCAUUCAUUCACUUGACUCAUAUGGCACCCUGUUAUUGAUUGCUGGUGGCAUUGGUAUCACUCACCCAAUGUCAUAUUUGAACGAGGUUAUCACCACAUUCAGCGAAUCGAAAACUGCCACUCGCAAGGUCCACCUAGUUUGGAUUGUCCGCAGUCUAGACCAUCUCGCUUGGAUCCAAACAUUCAUGACCGAGAUUCUCGGCCACGACUCUCUAUCCAGCCCAGUCAAUUCCAACGGGCACUCGUAUUUCCAAUUUCCGCGGCUUCUCUUUUCCAUCAGCCUACAUAUCACAGCCCACAAAGAUACUGUUGAAGAGUAUAUCCCUCAGCCGGACACACCGUGGAUGCAGUGCGCUCCGCCCAGCGUGCCUGUCAGUAUUCACCACGGCAAGCCUUGCAUCCAGUCUUUACUGGCGAAAGAAAAGUCAGAGCAAAUCGGUGCGAUGGCGGUGAGCGUAUGUGGUCCUGGUGGCCUAGGCGACAGUGUCCGGGAGGCUGUAAGGAAAGUACAGGGAGAAAAAACGGUUGAUCUGUUUGAAGAGGCGUUUUCUUGGUAG